AUGGGUGUGAAGAAAAAAUUGGGGUAUGAUAAUUUAGUCACUGUGGAGCCUGUUGGCUUGAGUGAUGGCUUGGCGGUUCUGUGGAAGAAAAGUUACAAGGUGAAUGUUCUGUUUCGAGAUAAGAGAGUGAUUGAUAUGAAAGUGGAGGUGGGUUCUCUCAGCUUUUUCCUGACUUGUGUCUACGGUGACCCUGUGGUGGCAAGGAGGAAAGUUGUAUGGGACCAUUUAGCUAAUAUAGCAGUAAGGAGAGAUGAGGCAUGGAUUCUUACUGGUGAUUUUAACGAAUUGAUGAGCAAUGAGGAAAAAUUAGGUGGUGCGGUGAGGAGUAAAGCAUCUUUCUGGGAUUUCAGGAACAUGGCUUCUACUUGCAAAAUUCGUGAACUAAGAAGCUUUGGGAACCGGUUGUCUUGGGCAGGUGUUCGAGAUAGAGUUUGUGUUCAAUGCAGACUGGAUAGGAGCUUUGGAAAUGAUGAGUUGUUUAACUUGUUUCCAAGAGCUCACGUUGAAUACCUUAAGAUGUGGGCUUCAGAUCAUCGUCCCUUAUUGAUCAGUUUCUCUCUAGAGAACGAGGAUUCUAGUCGAGGCAGAUUCUAUUUUGAUAAGCGCAUGAUAGGAAAGGCUGGGUUUGAAGAGGCGGUCAGAAGAGGCUGGCAAGGAAGCGAUAAUUCUGCUGAUAUUGGUAUUUUGGAAAGAAUUGCAAGCUGCAGGAAGGAGAUGGCAAAAUGGAAGAAGUCAGCUGGAGUGAACUCAAGAGAUAAUAUCUCUCGGCUUUCAAACUCCUUGGAGGCAGAGAUCGCUCUGUUGGACCCUGAUGCCAACAGAAUGAAACAGUUGAGGUGUGAACUGUCGAUGGCCCUUAGAGAGGAGGAGUUGUUCUGGCGCCAGAAGAGUAGAGAAGAAUGGCUUCGUGCUGGUGAUUUGAACACGUCCUUCUUCCAUAACAGUGUGAAAGGCACGAAGAUUAAGAACAGAGUCCUUAUGCUACUGGAUGAGGAUGGUGUUGAACAUUUUUUGGAAGGGGCUAAAGGUCAUAUAGCGACAGAGUACUUUCGUGACAUUUUUAUGAGUUCGAAUCCUCAUGACCUUGAUUCACUCUUUGAAGGUUUCCACGAAAGGGUGUCCGAAGAGAUGAAUGUUUCUCUGGUUCGUCAAGUCACAGAUGAGGAGAUAAAGAGGGCAGCAUUUGCGGUUAAAGGCAAUAGUGCACCAGGGGAAGAUGGUUUAACUGGAGUGUUUUACCAGAAGUUUUGGCACAUAGUUGGACCAAAAAUUUCAGAUGAGAUUCAUGAAUUCUUUCGCUCUUCAGUUCUUCCAUAUGGAUGGAACCACACGCAGAUCAGUCUCCUUCCGAAGGUUUCGAAUCCAACCUGCAUGAAAGAUAUGAGGCCUAUCAGUAUGUGCUCGGUCCAAUACAAGAUCAUCUCUAAAAUCUUAUCGGAAAGACUGAAGGUUUGCUUGUCGGAGGUGGUAUCAGACACACAGGGUGCCUUUGUUGGUGGGCGUUUGAUCACUGACAAUGUGAUAAUAGCUCAUGAGCUGGUACAUGGGUUGCGGACUAAUGCUUCGAUCGCCAAGGACUUUAUGGCUGUGAAAACUGAUAUGUCUAAGGCAUACGAUCGAGUAGAGUGGAACUUUGUGGAGACUUUAUUGGAGAAGUUGGGCUUUGAUAGGAUUUGGAUCCGUUGGGUGAUGGCUUGCAUCUCGACUGUGUCCUAUACAGUUCUUCUUAAUGGUCGUCCUCACGGGUUCAUCAAACCGGAACGUGGAAUCCGUCAAGGGGAUCCUUUGUCGCCCUUCUUGCGUAUCCUAUGUGCGGAAGCCUUAGUUGGGACUCUUAACCAGUCUGAAGCGGCUGGUAAACUUCAAGGUAUCAGAUUAGGCGUUGGUGGUCCUGGGGUCCAUCAUUUAUUAUACGCAGAUGACAGUCUCUUUCUUUGUCGAGCUAAUGUUGCUGAUAGUGAGGAGCUGGUAAAGUGCUUGGAACGGUAUGGUGAUGCGUCUGGUCAGCUCAUUAAUCCAGCCAAGUCCUCCAUUAUCUUUGGAGCACAAGUACCGGAGGAGGUCAAAGCUGAGAUAAAGGUGGUGUUAGGGAUUGAGAAAGAAGUUUUGAUCAAAUCUAUUUGUAUGGCUUUGCCUAUUUACGAAAUGUCUGUCUUCAGGUUACCGAAGACUUUAUGUGAGAAGCUCACUAGUGUCAUGUGUGAAUUCUGGUGGAGUAGUGGAGAAUUAAGGCGUAGGAUAUCAUGGGUUUCUUGGCAGAAUCUGUGUAAAAGUAAAGAGGGGGGUGGCCUUGGGUUCCAUGAUAUAGAAACAUUUAAUCAAGCCCUUUUGGCUAAACAAGCUUGGCGGGUGUGGUCUAGACCGGACUCUCUUGUCUCUAGAGUCUUGAAGAGUAGGUAUUUCAGAAAUGGUUCCUUUCUGGAGUGUGGUCUGGGAUCACGUCCCUCAUAUGUGUGGCGAAGCCUUCUUCAUGGGCGUGAACUCUUGAAAGAGCGGAUGGUUAGAGAGAUAGAAAAUGGCAGAGACACGAAUGUGUGGGCAGAGAAGUGGAUUAUGGAUAAAGUUCCAAAAUAUCCUUUGUAUAGAGAUGAUAGUACCAUAGACCUCACACUGACGGUUGCUGAUCUUUUGUUACCAGGAUCUUCCUCGUCGAAUGAGGCUCUAGUGUGUCGCACUUUCAUUUCUACUGAUGCUGAGAUUAAUCUAAAGAUCAGGCCUAACUUACAGAAGCAAGACAGUCUUAAAUGGGGACUUACUAGAAAUGGAUGCUAUUCUUCUCAGAGUGGAUAUAGAUUCUUGGAUACCAUGCGUGUUCUCAAUGGUUUGCAACAAGGUCUUCCUCCGGUGGAGAAACAAGUGCGGAAGAAAAUAUGGAAAAUUGGAGCUCCUAGUAAGAUUAAGCACUUCUUAUGGAGAGAUUUAUCUGGUGCCCUUCCAGUGAAGGAAAGGCUUAGGUCCCGAGGUGUUCAUUUAGACACGACAUGUUCUGUUUGUUCUAAUACGGCUGAAACUGUUUGUCAUGCCUUAUUUACUUGCCCUCGGGCUCAAGAGGUAUGGGUCAAGUCUAAUAUAAGACUACCUACUGGAGGUUUUUCCAAAAACUCUGUUUUCUUGAACCUGCAUCAUCUGGCUGUCUCUAAUGGUGGUUCUCGGAACACUGCGCUUAAUGGUACUUUCCCAUGGAUUAUUUGGGAAAUUUGGAAGGCAAGAAAUGCUCUUGAGUAUGAAAAGAAACAAACAGGUUCAGAAACGGUGCUUAGUAUGGCUAUUGAAGCUGCGGAGGAAUGGAGACAUGCUAACAUUAGAGACCCUUCAACGUCAUCAAAGCCACCUGUGUCAUCGUUCAGAAAUAGGUCCAGUCAGAGUUGGCAACCUCCACCUUCUAGAGUCCUUAAGUGUAAUAUUGGUGUGUCGUGGAACGAAGCUCAGUCUAUUAGUGGUGCGUCUUGGCUUCUACGUGACCACAAUGGAGCCGUUCUCUUGCACAGUCGUCGUGCUUUUUCUGGGGUUUCCUCGCACAUGGAAGCUGAGUUGUUGGGUUUUCAUUUUGCAGUUGAAAGUAUGAGAUCAACUCAUCAGCGGAAUAUUAUCUUUGAAUCUCAUUACACCCUUGCCUGUGAUGCGCUACUCAACCCUUCAAUGUUUCCGAGAUUGCGCUUGGUGAUAAAUGAGGUUUUAUCGUUCAUUCCUUGUCUACAAACCUGGCAAAUGACUUAUGCAUGUGAAGCACAGAAUCGUCCUGCAACAAAGAUAGCUGAAAGUGUGGUUUGUGACAGGAGAUUCUCCUCUUAUAUUGCGAGAGGUGGGCCUAGUUGGCUACUAGCACAUUUGAAUGCUGAAGCGGUGAGUAACUGA